AGACCUCAAAGCAGAACUCUUCCGAAAGCAAGAAGAAUUCAAGAAAGAAAAGCUACUGAAAGAUGCUGGCAUCUCUGCAAAGCCCAAAACCUCUAAUAAGAAACCAAGUAUUUGGAACAAACAAAACGUAGGAGUUGCAAAUCGAUCUGAGAAAGAUGUUGAGCAGAAGACAGAAGAGGACCAAACACUGGAAAAAUCAAGGAAGAAACUAGAAGAGAAAGCAAAGCUAUAUGAGAAAAUGACAAAAGGCGACUUUCCAGAUGAAGAAACUGAGGAUUUGUACCUUGUGGAUUUCACUCAGAAGAUCAUAGACAGACAGCGAGAAGUACAGGAACUGUAUCAGAGUGAAGCUGCUAGAAAGACUUUAGAAAAAGAGACAGAUGAUGAGGAAACUCAACCUGAAAUGGAAAUACCACCACCCCAGGAUCCAGACGAAGAAUGGGUUGAUUAUGUGGAUUCGUUAGGCCGAUCUAGACGCUGUAUGAAGAAGGAUUUGCCAAGUCUGCUUAAAAUGGACCAGGAACUUCAAGGGAAAAGACAAGGUCCUGAUGGGAAGACUCUGUUAUCUGAAGACAUGAGAAGAGAGCUUCAGAGGCAGCAGUGGGAAAAAGAGGAAGAAGAAGCCCUCAGAAAACCCAUGGGACCCAUACAUUAUGAAGACAUUAGAGACAAUGAGGCCAGACAGCUUGGUGUUGGUUACUUUGCCUUUUCUCGUGAUCAAGAACUUAGACAUAAACAAAGGGCAACACUGGAUAUGCUAAGAGAGCAGACACUUGAUCAGAGAACUAAACGUGAACAAUUAAAAGAAAAAAGGAAGGCAGCUCUAGAAGCAAGACUAUCUAAACUUAGAGCACGGAAGGCGAAGAGGUUAAAGGAAGAUGGAUUAGAGGAAGAGGGAGACCAGCUGGAGAGCGGAGAUGUUACUCGCCCAGUACAAGCCGAACCGGAAGCUCCGAGAGUUACUGCAGCAAGUAGGAAGGUAGAGGUCAUCAUCCAGGAGAGACGAGAUACAAAGCCUGGUGUGCCUUAUGUCCGAGAGUGGGAUAAAGGCAAAGAAUUGAUUUUUGGACAAUGGUCAAAGAAACAAGAAGAGCUCAGAGAUGAGCGAGAUCCAGAAUUUGCACCACCUUCUGAUUACUUUAUGGGACAAAAGAAAGCUGAUAAUUGCAGUCAGAAUUUGAACAGUCCUGAAGCCUCCCCUGGAAAACCAGAACAGGAGACAGCACAAAACCAACAGUUGUCAUCACAGCAGGCCAGCAACAGCAGCACUGAAGAUAUGCCACCAUCGGCGCAGGCUUACAGCAAUGAUGUCCAAGAUGUGUCGGCAUCAGUAGAGACCUGUGGCAGUGAUGCUCGAGAUGUGCCACCAUCAAUGGAGGCUGACAGCAGCGGUGCUCAAGAGGUGCUGCCGUCAGCACAGGCUUACGGCUGCAACGCUCAAGAGGUGCUGCCAUCAAUGCAGGCUUACGGCUACGGCGCUCAAGAGGUGCUGCCAUCAAUGCAGGCUUAUGGCUACGGUCCUCAAGAGGUGCCAAUGCAGGCUUACGGCUAUGGCGUUCAGGGCAUGCUGCCACCAAUGCAAGCCUACUGCUAUGGCGCUCAAGACAUGCUGCCUUCGAUGCAGGCUUAUGGCUAUGGCGCUCAAGAUGUGCUGCCGCCAAUGGAGGAGUACAGCUGCGACGCUCAAGAUGUGCCACCUUCAGCACAGUCCUACAGCAGUGGCACUCAAAAUCAGGAGCCGCUUUACCAAAGUUUAGACGAUAUGCUGUCAUAUUACAGACAAGUGACUUGAACUGAGCAAAAGUACGAGCAAGAAUCAUAAUUUAAAGGACUGAAAUAGAAUUAUGUUCUAAGCACGACUAUUAUUUUCCCACAUCUGGGAAAAAUAAGUUUCUGUAAGUAGAUCUGAAAUAAAUCUUCUGCAGACCUAAGCUAUUUUACAUCACAGCUAUACAUUUGUCCCCUCAGAAAUUUACUAAAAUUUGAUGGGUUUGUUUCAGCACGUAUUUAAUUUAGCACACAUUUCAUUUUUAUUCUUUGCUAUUUGUGCCUGAACUUUGGGGUUUAUUGGUAGCUUUCUCUCAAAAAUAGGAAUUCUUGCUUUGCGUUGUCACUAUUUCCCCCAUUAGCUCUUUAAGCCCCAGGUAGCUUCUAAUUCGGAGGCACUACGAGUCUGGUGGUAUCUGUAGAAGAAGUAUUGAAAUGUCAGGCCUUUUGCUGCUAAAUACAAAGAGGUUUUAAAAAUGUAUUACCUACUUAAUCUACUGACUUUAUGGAUAGGAAAUGCAGACCGUCAUCUAGCAGACAGUUGUGGCAUGUAGUUCAGAGUCGCAAUGUCUUCUGCAUUCCUGAGAUCUGUAUGUAACUUGUAAUUCUGUGAAGCAAUUCAGAGUUGGAGAGAGGCACUGCAGAAAUCAAUAAAUAAUGAUUGUUAGUCCAAGCAUAAGCGCUUCACUAAAGUAGAAGCCUUGACACCAGAAAUUAUCAUCUUACUGGUUUAGAAAAUGCUCUGGUAGUUCUCAAAGGGCAUUUUCGUUGCAACACUCUGUUAUAUUUUUGGCUUUAUUUAAUCCUUUUUUCCAAAAACUGUGACGUUGCAAUGAUGAUAUAGAAAAGUAGGCUGACCCUUCCCUUACCAAGCAAGCUUCUAUUUCAAUGUCUUAAUUCAGCUAAAUGGUGGGAGUAUGUAUUUACCACUUAGGAAAUGAAAGUUCUGAUUUCUGAAGGCAAUUUAGAAAACCCAUUUGUAUUUUAAAAGCUCAUGAAAAGAUAAACGCUGGAGAAGUGGGCUGGAAUGGGCAAUUUCAUAAUUAUGUGUAAGGUUAAAUAACAACGAUACUGUCAAAAUAGUGAACGUUUGAACCAAAUAGUGAAUUGGCCGAGGAGACAGACAACGUGCUGCUUCUGUGUGCUUCAGGCGAUCUCGGGCUGCUUUGCGAAGCCUGGUGUAUAGCAACGUCUCUACCACAGGGAAACCACAAUUGGCUAAACUGACCUGUUCAAGGUUGCUGAACAAACCCAGCAGCAUGCAGAACGCAUUCACUAUCCUCAGACUUUGUUUUAACCUCAGCUAGUAAGCACACUUCUUUCCUUUCUGCCUUCCUGGCUUUUGCACGGGAAUUUGUAGAGCAGGAAUAACGUCCCACAAGAACACCCAUGACACCGUUUUUAAAGCAACAUGCUCCCUUCAGUCUUUAUCAUAUACCAAAUUGCUAUGAGAUGGGAGCUUUAUAACUUUGGGUUUAUAUGCCUCUAGUCAGACCUGGAACUUGUGGGUAGCAUGGCACAAUUAAAGGCAACACCCAUCUGAAGCACACAAAGUUUAGCAACAGUGUGCUGUUUUUACUGCUGCUGGCACUGACCUGAAUUUAGCUGUUGAACGUGAAGUUAGGUUUGUAUUUCUUCUUUUUCUUAAAUAUCUUCAAUGUGGGUAAAGAAUAUAAAUAGCCAUUGUAUGCUAAUGACUAAAAGGAAGAGGACAAUAUUACAAAUCCAUCUGUUUAUACCAAAUGUAACGGCAUCAGUGUACAGGUUUUUUAUUUAGUGAUUGGUACAAUCUCAGAUUAGUCAAUAUCCAUCAGGUGGCAGUCUAAUCUCCUGAAUUUGCUAGAAGAAAUUCUGCUGGUGGAUACCUGUUUAUUACUUCAUGGUAACACUGGAGUAGUCUGAGUCUGAUCCCAGGAAGAAUUUUUCAAAUGCUGUGUCACCCCACGUUUACUUUAGAGUUUAAAAUUGUUUUGUUAUAGCAGCUUUGUUCCAGAAAGGUAAGAGAUGGUCAGAACAGAGUUUGAAAUUUGAGUAGCUAGAAGCAAAACAGUCUUCCUGCGCUGCCCCUGCUUGUUGAACUUGUAGUUAGAAGCUGAGGAGAAACGUUGUAAUGCUUAGUAAAUGCGAAGUGUUUGGCUGCCCUCAAGAGUAAGCAAGGCAAAACCUAGGUGCUGAAUUUAGUUAUUUGCAAAGACCUUACAACUUCCUUAGGGUACCAAAGUACUUUGAGUAAGUUACCAAGCUACCCAUUACCAAAUUCUGCUGCUGUGCUUGGCCGAGGGAUCGCCACCUUCCCACCUCUUUCCGAAGACUAUAAAAGGUUCGGUUGAUAGAUGUUCUCACGCUUAAGCUCUCCGAGAGGUGUGGUCAGUUGGGUAUGGCUGGAACAUGUGUAACAUGCUGACAGAAGUGACUUCAUGGUGACUAUCAUUUUUGAACUAUUUAAUUAGGGCAGCCUGGUUGUUGCAGCACUAGCCCAGGAAAUAAAGGACCCAAUUCAGACUCCCCCUGUCAGUCUGGGAGAGCUAUGUCCCAGUGAUGUACCUUUUGUGCCUGUGAGUGAAUGGCAGCCGUAGGAAGAAGAAUCAACUGAAGCAUAAAAGCAGGAGAAACUCGCUGGCGUGUGUCGCAGCUCUCCAGGCAGCGCAGUUUCGGCACGUGGGUGCGGGUGCACAGUGCCCUGUACCACAGGGCUCAGAAAGGGCAGUUCUGGGCCCUUGGCGCACGCGACUGUUGAGGUUUUGGAAUGUCAAACGCAGAGACGACAGCCUGUUCCUGCUAAUAACCGUCACAGCACAGCGGCUCCCUGGCUUAGCUGUUCGUGAGGUCUUUUUUGUUCAGGAGUAGGCUGCAUGUAAUGCUCUGGAAUGUGAAGCAUGUUAAACAUUCAAG